AUAAUUUUUUUUUUUUUAUUUAAAGAAACAGUCUAGUGUUUGUUGAUGUUCCAUGUAAAUUUGAAAAUGUUAUUUAAUUAUUAUUAAAUUAUUGCAAGCUUGUGAAAAUUGAGACGAUAAAUUUUUUAUUUUCAUCAAAUUAAAGACGAUAUUUUGUAGUACACCUAUGAAAUUUAUUAUCAGUGGAAAAUAUUGCAUUGUUAAAUAUCAGUUACGUUUAUACGUUUUUUAUUUGAAUCAUUUAACAAGUUGAUUCACUUGGUUUACUUAAAAAUGUAUAUUAUUAAAUUGAAAAUUAUAUUUUUAUUCUUUGUCAAAGUUAAUAUUUCUAGUGGAAUUAUUGUUAUGAUUCAAUCAACAAUUAGACAUUCUCAUAGAUACCCGGCGAAUUCAAGUUUUGGUGAAUUAUAUUAUCCAAAUGAUCCAAAUGCUAAUUUAGAUUAUUGGCCUAAUGGGCCAAUGGAAUUGACAAAUAUUGGUAAAUUAAAUGCAUAUAAUCUUGGUAUUUAUUUUCAUAAGCAAUAUGAAAAUCUAUUUAACAUUCCUUUCAAAAACAGUCGUGUUUAUUUUCAAGCAUCAAAAUCAUCACGAACUAUUAAUACAGCGCAGCUCAUUGCCGCUGGGCUUUUUAAACCAAAUAAUAAUUUACAAGUAUGGAAUGAAAAUUUACCAUGGUUACCAGUUCCAAUAUACACCCAGCCCAUUUUUAACGAUACUCUUUUUUAUCCAAUGGUAUUGUGUGAAAAUUAUUUCAAUGAUAGAAUUAAUGGAGAAAUUCAGGUAGAAAGAAUACUCAAAAAUUUACAAAUUGUUAAUGAUUUUCGUCAAUUUUUGACACUACAUACUGGAUUGAAUUAUACCAAGUCAAAUCAACCCUGGAUGCUCUAUCAUCAUUUUGCUGCGCAGAAAGCAAUGGGAAUUGUUUUAGAGCCAUGGAUUGACAACAUUUUUCCAGAUGGUAUGCUAAAAGACAUGAGCUCAAUUGAGUAUAUACUUCAAACUUAUACAAAAAAAAUGCAGCGUUUAAUGGGCGGUGUUUGGUUAAAAAAAUUCAUUGAAAACAGUGAUAAUUUUAUAAACAAUAGAUUUAAAAAAGUUGGAUAUUUUUAUUUUGGAAAUGAAAUUCAUAUCGCAGCGAUAUUAAAUACCAUUGGAGUUUAUGAGCCUCAUGUACCUGAUUUCCUGAGCACAAUUAUUUUCGAACUACAUUUAUUAAAUGAUAAAUAUUUCGUCAAGAUGAUUUAUAAAAAUGGAAAAAAUAUCCAAGAACUUUUAGUACCAGGCUGUAAAUUUAUUCUAUGUCCACUGGAAUUGUAUAAAACUGUACUUAAAAAUUCUAUACUUGAAAAUUUUGAUAAAGACUGUGGUAAAAAAGGUUUAUAUCCAGUUAUUCAAUAAAUAAAUAAAUUAAACAAAUAAUAAUUAAAAAAUUACCUGGAAAAUGAAAAUUAAACAGCUAAUUUACGAAUAAACUGUUUAAAAAUAUUUCAAUUAUUAUUACGUAUGUGAAAUUAAAUUAACAUAAUUUUAUUAUUGUUAUUAUAAUUUAAAUUUUCAAAUAAGUUGAUAAUCAAAUUUGUUAUCAAUAAAUUACCAUCCUGUAAUUGUAACUAAAGUACCUGGCGUCGAUAAAAAAAAUUUCUCUUCAUACAGUUGUUAAUAUAAUUGUACAACUAAAUUAUUUUUUUUAAAUUACAUAAAAUCAUUGCUGAUAACUAAAUUAAUUUUUCAAUGAUUCAAUUAUUAAUAAUAAUAAUCAAUAUUUCAAUAAUAUUUUAUGACAAUGACAUAGUCAAAUUGUUUUAUUUAUUUUUUUUUUCUAUCAAAAAAUAAUUUUUUUCCCUCAA